GCCACCGAGGCAGAAAACAAGGAGGAUCGGGAGAUUGUGUGCGAGGAAGUCUUUUGCGACGUCACCGGGCGACUCGAUGCCGCCGCACGUGAGCGCUUGGGUGUUCACGAAGACGUCAGCUUUUAUCAAGUGCUGGCUCCAUACUACCUGCAGGACACCAACGCGGCCGACGCGCUGCUGUACUUCUGCAAGCGCCUGUGGGGCCAGUCCAUCGUGGGUGCCAUAUUCGCGCUGCUGCUGCAUAGGUGGCUACUGCUGCGGCCAGAAGCCGGCGGCAUCGAGCAGCGGCAGAAGCACGUCCACGUGCUCAUGUUGGGCUGCCGUCAGCUGUUUCUGGGCGAUGUUCAAAGCGGCUCCCGUCGAUUCCAGCCGCUGUUCGAUUUUGUGGCCCAGGGCAUCGCGCUUGCGCCCAACAGGGGCCCGCUGGAUGGGCUCCCCGCGCAGGCUAGGGCGGAGGUCCUGAAGGUGGCGGCGGCAUACCUGCCCUACUAUGAGCCUGCGGAGGCUGUGCGGCAGCUGUUGGAGGACUUCCCUUCAGCUUCUCACACGUUGGCUGAGGGCGGCCACACCCCUGGGGAGGGCACAGACUUUGUGGUGGCAGAGAUCACAGACACCAUCCCACGGGUUAAGUCGGAGCAGGGCCUGCUGUCGUACCUGCGCACACUGAUUGCACUAGGGCCGACCCUCCGGGUGCGUGGUCUAGGCGUCACCACGCGGCUGCGGCUGCAGAGCGAGUUGUACAGCCUGGCGUCAAGGGGUCCCCCGCAUUACGCGCCCCGGGACGUCCGCCUUGCGGCCCGCCAGGUGCUGGAUGCGCUCUUCCCCCUUGGCCGCCGCAGCCGCCAGCUCGUACGUCUUGCAUUUUGGCUGCUGAAUCCCCUGAGCGGCCUUCUGCUGCUGCCCGUGCGGUUCAACACGUGGCUCGUGUCGCUGGUUGGCGCACUGCUGGGCUGGCUCCUGCGGGUGCUGAACAGGCUCUUGCGGCGGCGGCCACCAGCAGCGGCGUCGGACAAGCAAUUGGCGGUGCCGGUGGUGGCGGCGGAGGCGACGGCGGCGGCGGCGGCGGCAGCGGCGCAGCGGCGGCGGUGA